CCCACACACACACACACACACACGCCUUGAAAAGAAGAACUCUGAUUAUUUGAAGGCUCUUAAUAAGGAAUGUUGUUUUCAGGACAGUUUAUCCCUCCAGGUAUUUAAUUUAAGCCUUAAAGGCGUCGGCGCUUCACAAAGAGCAGCGACAGGAAGAUUAAAGUGAACUCAGACCUUCCUGCUGUUGUUUUCCUUUUUUUUUCCUUUUUUUUAGCUGCUCACUUAAAGAUGAAUAAAUGGUCUUGCUUUCAUAAUGACAAUAAUUUGACUGUUUGGUGAAUCUUGCUUAAAUAUUUGACUUAUAAUUGGUUUAUUUGAUGCAUUUAAUGUUUUAAACUUGUUUUGUUGUCCUGCUGCCAGCUUUAACAAAUUAAACUGUCUUUACACUGACUGAGCCGAGGCUCCACAGAUCAGCCUGAAGUAAACAUUAAUCCCCGUCUGACACCCGGCUAAGUAAAAAAUGUAGGAGUAAAGUGAAAAGAACGCCAGUUAUGCCUUUUUAAUUAAAUUAGCUCCAUUGCAAACAAUAAGCGCUUGAAGUGGGACGACAACUGUACUAACUUGGCAGGAGACCAGUGUCUCUGCCCGCCCCGGUGGGUGGGGGGACUUGAGGGGGAGAGAGGAUCCACCAACGGGAGCUGGGCUGUAAAGGCUAUUUUGAAAAGUGAACCCCUCUCUAUUACACACACACACUCUCUCUCACACACACACACACACACACACACACACACAGCUGCUCAGAAUCAUGACAGAAGAUGACGGAUACAGUUGUUGCAGAGGGACAAGUCAAGUUUCGAGAUGGAAAAAAGUGGAAGACCCGCUGGGUUGUUCUUCAGAAGCCGUCUCCUGUCGCCGACUGCUUGACUUUGCUCGUGUGGAAAGAGAAGAAAAAAGGAAAAAGCGGCAGACAUAAAGACAGGCUCAAUGUAACUCUGGAGGGGAUUUGUGGUGUGGAGCCGGGCCCUGGGUACGAUGGGGUUUCCUACACUCUCUCCAUUCUUUGCCUGGCCCACUCGCUGGUCCUGGGCUUCAGCAGCCGGGACACCCUGCUGGCCUGGGAUACCCGCCUCCGGUACAGCCUGGGUGAAGUCCACAGGUUCAGCAUCAGCGUGGAACCGGGCACAAAGCUGGAGAGUGGCCCCGCCUCCCUGCACCUGUGCAACAACCUGCUGGUCCUCACUCGGGGCGUCCCUCCUGUUGUUGUCGGCAGCUGGAAGUUGUCGGCGUUGCGGCGAUACGGUGCAGUGCCAAACGGUUUUGUGUUCGAAGGGGGGACUCGCUGUGGAUUGUGGGCCGGCGUUUACUUCCUGUCCUGCUCAGAAGGAGAGCAGAUCAGUUUCCUGUUCGACUGCAUCGUCAGGGGGAUCGCCCCCAGCAGGGCGCUGCGACCCACCCCACCAGCAGGUCUCAACGCGGAUCCUGCUUUAGCAGAAGAGCGGAUCAGUCAGGAGACCUCUGAGCUGGAGAAAAGACUCAGCCUGUUGUCUCACUGCAGCCUGGCGAGCAGCUCAGCCUCCUCUUCCAGUUACAGCCCAUCUGCUGCCGGGGACGACCGCAGCAUCUCCAGCUCCUCAUCCAGCCAGUCAGAAACCAGCUGCGGAGGCAGACCUCCCUUCUGGAUGGAGCCGUCGCUUAGAUCCCUGCUCUCCAACGAGACAGCGUCCAGCACGUCCACGCUGAAAGCUCUGACCAGAUCAGAGGACCGACUGGGGGGCCCGGGGAUGGGGGGGCCUGGGAGCCGCCCGUCCUCUGCCCAGCUCUGUCCUCGGGGCCUCCAUGACAGCGGGCGGCAGAGCUCCUUGGACAGCGGGAUUGGGAUUGCGACCGGCAGCCAGUCGUCUUACUCUGGGAGCUACUCCUCGUGUGCGGGGAGUUUGGACAUGGCCAGUCAGGGAGGCGGGGAGGAGUAUGGCUCAGUGGUCAGCCUUCCUCCUCAGCCUCCCCCUGCACCUCCUCCAAGCCCACCUCCGUCACCUGUUCAUGGACGCUCUGCCUCCUCACAGGCCUGCACGUCUAAAAAUCGUGCAUCUAACAGGCACAGCGAGGAGUACCAGCCCCCCAGCCUGCUCAGGUGGUGGUAUGACACCCCCAGGAGUCUCCUUCAGGCCUUGUCACUGAGAGGACCACCUGCUCGGGGGGCCACACCUGACCCGAGCGAAGGUGAUGGUCAGGGACAGGUGUUAAACACAGACGAGAGGACAAACUCUGUGGACCCUGAGAGGACAAACUCUGUGGACCCUGAGAGGACAAACUCUGUGGACUCUGAGAGGACAAACUCUGUGGACUCUGAGAGGACAAACUCUGUGGACUCUGAGAGGACAAACUCUGUGGACUCUGAGAGGACAAACUCUGAGAGCAAUGAUGGGCGGUCCACACCCAGACCCCAGCUCGUCCCUGUAAGCCCAGCUCACAGAGAAACACAGGCUGAAAGCUCUUCAUUCUCAGAUUUUUCUGCAACCUUUACUCCAGCUACACAAAAGCUGUGUGUGAGAGAGAAACUCUGUGAAGGUGAGGAUGCUGGGAAACUAGGCAGCCUGAGCAGAACGCUGCUGUCUUCACCGCCCUCUGCUCCUCCUCCUCCUCCGGUUGUGUUCAGGCUGCCAUCGGCAGCUACGUUCCUGUCUGCCUUUGAAGCUCGUCGGCUCACUUCCACUCAGAACGAGCCUCGUGGUGGAAGAAAUGUAAAUUAUGUGAAUAUCCCCCUUGGCCUCCAAAAAGCUCUGACUGCAGGGCUCCUGUACACGGAGCUGGACCUGCAGAGACACGCUUCAGCUCCGGUGUCCAGUUCUUACAGCGUCGUGGGAGGCGACUCCCUGCAGCUCUACAAACCUGCAGAAGCGGACUCCAUCAGGUACGCCCACCUCGACAUGGCUGCCAUGGAAACAGCUCAGAGAGUGAGGGCGGAGCCUGUUCAGGGCAGGAAGGACAGGCUGACUCAGCUGGAGAGCAGGUGGCGAGGGCCACCCAACUGACUCUGCCACACCGAACUGGACGAUCCUUCAGAGGAGGUUUCACUGCAGGCUCUGUCCUCCUGUUAGCUCACAGAUCACUGCUGCACUUAAACACACACACAGUUUUACCAGGACACACAAGGUCCUGCAACAAUCCAUUCCACUGAAACUGAAACACAGGACUGUGGGAGGUCUUUGUGCUGCUGUCGUCUAACUUGUUAGAGAACGUUUGACUUCACUAGUGUUUUCCAGCUGUUCACUCCUGAAAUGCAUGGCACUUACAAAUGUUGAGUUAGGAAUUUUAAAGAAAUGUUUUUAUUUGUUCAGAUCAUUAAAAAAAUAUUCAUACCA